AUGCAGCGUUCUUCCACUGAAAUUACGGAACACGCGAUGCGAACUGCACCACGUCUUGAGGGUCCGGUGGUACGCAAACAUGAGGUUGAUGUGGGCGGUGCUGUCAGACCGAGGAGUGCCGGUCGCUCUUGGGUUCCAGUCUAUCUGGUUCUGGAUGCUGGUCAACUACGCGUGUACAAGGACUAUCGCAGUCGUCGUGAGAAACCAGAUGAAUGUUUGAAAAACGAAGCACCUUUAAGCUUAGUCAUGGCGCAAGCCGUCACCGCAACAGAUUAUACCAAACGUCCUUGCGUGUUUCGCUUACACUUGAAUGACGGUCGAGAAUACCUAUUCCAAACAGCUAAUGAUCGUGUACUACAACGUUGGUUGGAUGCGAUCAACGAAACGGCUGACAUUGUGACUGCCGCACAACAGCGAGCUUCUCGUCCAUCGAUCGCAUCUGUUGGACCCUUGGGUAGUCAUACAGGCAGUCUACGAUAUGGUUCACAAAGUAGUAUGGCCCAGCGAAGGUCGUUGAAAAGUUUCUUCUCCCUUCGUCGCAAAAGUUAA